AUGUCGGUUGUGUACGCGUCCCAUACGAUGGACGUGGUGCUGUUUGUUGCGUGUUCCUGCACGUUUUUCGGAGAAUUUCACACGCUGUCCGCCGCCGUACCGUAUCUAGACGACGAAAAAGAGUUAAUAAUCAAUGAGUUGGCAGAAAUUAUCAAGGAUCAAAGCUAUAGGAUGCGGAAUAAUCUCCAGGACCCGUAUCCGAUUCCCCUCGAUCAGAUAGACGAUGAUAAACGGGCGUUUACGUACGACCUGGCAUCACAUCUACCUGAAAUAAACACUGGAAAUCAGAAAAUACCGUUCGCCGUAUUGCCCAAUGACCGUCGUUACUAUCAACCAGUUUUUUCCAGUAAUUUGGCACCACCAGAUCAAGUGCCCCGUAGAUAUCAUAAAAAGGAAAGGUCCAAAAGCAGUGAAGUACAAGAUAGUUUGUCGUACGGAACGGACGGAUAUGUUUCAUCAAAGGUCACCACGGAGAACACGAGCACCAGUGAGGUAUCGAUGGAUUUACCACAGAGCAAUUUUAUGCACGUCAUGCCAUUUUCGACUCAUUCAAGGUUCAGCCAAGACGAUUACUAUUUCUUUGCCAAAGCAGCUGGCGUCGGUCUAGCCGUCCUAGUCGUGCUGCUCAUAUCAUCCAUAGCAUGUUAUAGAAUGCAAAAGAAUAGCAAGGCGGCUGCGGACAUAGAGUACCCGGCGUACGGUAUCACCGGACCCAACAAAGAUAUGUCGCCCACUGGCGACCGGCGCUUGGCACAGUCCGCCCAAAUGUAUCAUUACCAACACCAGAAACAACAGAUCAUCGCUAUGGAAACGAACAGUUCGGUCAAAGAAAGUCGAUGUGGUUCAGUUAGUGAUCCGGACAGCGAUGAUGACAACGAGGAAGGCGAUUACACAGUUUACGAAUGUCCGGGAUUAGCACCUGCAGGAGAAAUGGAAGUGAAGAAUCCGCUGUUCCUGGACGACAACACGCCGGCGUCUCCCAACGCUGUUAUAACUAAACAUCCGGAAUUUCUUAUCGAACGUGACAAUAGUAUACUGAACUCAUGUCUCAACUUUACCUUGGUCGUCAAAUUGUCAAAAUGA